GUCUCCAUAUGCCCAUUUAGGGAUUCAUUUAAGGUCCGGCAGACUUGCUCCUCAGGAAUACUUCACCAUCACUUGCUUUGUAUUACUAUAUGGAUUGAAAGUAAUGCAGCUGCCAUUAACAAAAUGUGUGUAUGCUCCAUCCAUCCAUCCACCCAUUCACCCAUCUACCUAUCCACCCAUCGACAUAUCUACCCAUACAUCCACCCACACACCCAUUCAUCCACCCAUCCAACUGUCCAUUCAUCCAUCCAUCCACAUACCCAUCCACCUAUCCAUCUACCCAUUCACCCAUCUACUCAUCCACUCAUCUGCCCAUCCAUCCAUCCAUCCUCAUACACAUCCACCUAUCCAUCUACCCAUUCACCCAUCUACUCAUCCACUCAUCUGCCCAUCCAUCCACCCAUCCGUCUACCUACCCACCCAUCUGUCAUCCACCCAUCCAUUCAUCCAUCCAUCCAUCCAUCCGCUCAUCUAUAUAUCUACCCAUCUAUCCACCCAUUCACCCAUCCACCCACCUAUCCACCCAUCCAUCUAUCUGCCCAUCCACCCAUCCAUAUAUCUCCCCAUCCAUCCACCCAUUCACCCAUCCAUCCACCUAUCCACCCAUCCAUUCAUCCAUCCAUCUAUCCAUCCAUCUACCCAUCCACCCAUCCAUAUAUCUACCCAUCCGUCUACCCAUGCAGCUAGCACCUACCCAUCCACCUAUCCACCCAUCCAUUCAUCCAUCCAUAUACCCAUCUACCCAUUCGUCUACCCAUCCACCUAUCCAUGCACCCAUUCACCCAUCCCCCAUCCAUCCACCCAUUUAUCUAUUCAUCCAUCUAUUCAUUAACCUAUCCACCCACCCAUCUACCCAUCUAUCCAUCCAUCCACCCACCCACCCACCCACGCAG